AUGGAUCAGUUCAACAAUACUAAAGACGUCCCAGAGAGACACGGGCUGUUUCUCCUGCACCCUCAACGUGAGACAUAUAACAUAGACGACUACCUAAUUGACAUCGUCGCCAUCCACGGCCUUGGGGGUCAUCCGUUCAAAACAUGGACCGAGAAAGAGGGGAGACAUCUGUGGCUGCGAGACUCACUACCAGGCCACAUUCCCCAAGCACGAAUAUUGACAUUCGGAUAUGACUCGACCGUAGUAUUCGGGAAGUCUCGGUCUCAAAUUCACGACUAUGCAAUUGAUCUCGCAAACCGCCUCGAAGCCUUUCGCCAGCAUCCUCAAGAACGAGAUCGCCCGCUAAUCUUCAUCUGCCACAGUCUGGGCGGCGUUGUUUUCAAGGAAUUCCUUGUCCAAGUGACGCUGAACAAGGACUCGUUUGGACAUGUCGCCAACAGCGUUGCGGGUGUUGUCUUUUUAGGUUGUCCUCAUCGUGGCUCUCGCGUUGCGUCGCAUGCACGCCUGCUAUCGAGAAUAAUUAACGCUGCGACACUAGGCUCUGGCGCCAGGUCUGAUUUAAUUAAGCUGCUUCAGGUUUCGUCUACAGAGCUGGAGGCAGUUUCUCGCCAUGCGACUUAUCCUCUGAAAUCCCUCAUAAUCAUUUCUUUUUAUGAGCAAGUGCCAACAGGGCCAAGCAUGGUUGUUGAACCCUUUUCAGCCAUCUUAGGUCUUCCAAACGAACGGGCUAUGCCUGUCAAUACAGACCAUCGUGGACUUGCUCACGUUUCACCCCGCAAACCUCAGCAAUAUCUCCCUGUCUGGUCAUCCGUCAAGGAGCUAGCCGAAAGCUGCUUGACUCCAAUACAAGCUGACAAUCGAAAGCUCCUGGAAGGCUUGUUUUGCUUCGACUCAAAGUCAGCCCAGAUGCGACCUCGCCAACCGCAACAUGGGACAUGCGAGUGGAUAUUUAGCCAUGCCAAAUAUCUGACCUGGUUUCAUUCUAACGAGCCUUCAAUGCUGCUGCUAACCGGGAAUGCUGGAUCUGGCAAAAGUGUUCUUGCACGCUGCGUCGCCGAACGGAUCCAAUCAGGCGGCGUGGACAGAGCGUCUGGUUCCGACUACCUCACAGCCAGUUACUUCUGCUCGUACGUUGAAGCUGCGCUGAACAGUCAAGAAGUUGUGUUGCGCACACUCUUGCAUCAACUUAUCCAACUCAAUCCACGGUGCGGAGCCCUUGUCCGCAACCGUCUCCUGAAACGAAUGAGGACAGGGGAAGAGAUUCUCGAUUUGGACGUUCGGAAAAUGUGGGAGACCCUACGAGAGGUUCUUUCCAUGCAGACUAUGAGCCAUGUGAUCGUAGUCAUAGAUGCCAUUGAGGAGCUUGGCGUCACUGUUGCAAAAGCUAUUCUCGGUGGACUGUGGAACAUCGCCGACUAUCUCCGCAGAACACAGCAGGACAAUCAUCUCCGAGUCUUUGUUUCAAGCCGCCCCAACCUUACACCAUCUAGCAAGGGGAUUUCAGGCCUGGAGAUUCUGCAUCUCGGUGACGUUGAUAUGAAGGCCGACAUCAAACUCUAUCUCUCAAGCUCGAUUAACGACCUCGAAGCUCAGAAUGCAAGUUUCAGCGCAUCCAUCACUCCUGACUUGCGCGAGAAGGUCAUUACUCAAAUUUCAAAAGCUGCAGGUAGCAUGUUCCUUGCAGCUGUGGUCACAUGGGAAGACUUCAAGAGAGGCCUGCUAUGGAACCAGGACGUCGUGGUACAGAAGUUGGAAAAGGUGGUCUCUAGUGGCAGUAGCAUGGGUUCGUUCUAUGACAGGCUAAUGGAAAAGAUCGACCCGUUCAUGCUCGACGAUGCUUUGUCAAUCUUCGCCAUCAUCUCUGCGGCAGCACGGCCCUUAUCCGAGACCGAGAUUGGGACAAUCCUGGGAAUCUGCCGAUCGGGGCGGCAUAUCACAAGAUCCACGGAUUUCGAGCCGUUCAGCAACCUGAAUACGAUAAUGGAAGACAGCUUCGAAGAUUUGAUCAUAGUUCAAGACGAUAACACGGUUACCUUUAUUCACCUGUCAUUCAAAGAUUAUCUCAUCAGCCAGGAGAGAUUCAAACGGGUGAUUCAAAAAGGGCGUCAGAGUAUCACCAAGGCGUGUCUGGUCUACCUGAAGCUACGUGACCUGCUCCAGAGUGCCGUAGAGAAGACAAAAUAUGACGAUCUAGCAAGUCGAUAUCCUCUUCUUCCCUACGCUACCAGUCAUUUCUACUGGCACAUCAACCAACUCCCAACCGAUGACCCUCUGUGGCUUUUAUUCGCCGACACGGCCGGGAAGUACAGUAUCUAUACCCUGGAAUCGAUGUGGCCAAUGCAUAGGUACUUUGAUGGAAGCCCUCUGCAACACAUUCUCUUCAGUAAUUCCAUCCCCGAUUCUUCAGCCUUGGGGCUGACCCGUAGAUUUCAUGAGCAUGGCUAUGAUUUAGAUGAGAAAUGGCGGCAUUCUUCUCGUGGCGCAAUACUAAGGAGCUGUUGUUACUAUGCUAAAACUGAAUCCAGCAAAGAGGCGGCUCUUUUGCUUCUGGAACUUGGAGCAAAUCCGAAUCUUCCCGAAAACUCUGACCGAACAAAUAUCGGGCACGCUCUCGAAAAUGGAGCCUGGAACUUGUACGACGCAUUAUUGAGUCACCCAAUGACGGAUCUCAGCGCUCGAAAUGUCCUUGGCGAGACCUUGCUACAUCAUCAGAUGCAAUUCGGGACGUUGGACAGAAUCGCCGAGCUUCUGGAUUUGAUUGACGAGGUGGAUCUGAACCCUCAAGACUGUGAAGGACGCACGCCGCUUCAUGUGGCGACUAUGCUAGAGAAGGAACACGCAGUACGAAUGCUCCUCGCCAGACCAGGCAUUCGACUCAACUUGGUGGACAAUAUGGGUCGGACGCCAUUGGCACUGGCUACCUACUGGGGUCGCAAUAAAAUGGCUCUGACACUCAUUGAGCACGCGGGGGCAUUUCCGCUAGCAAAAGAAGGUCAUCUCAGCGCCCUUGUCCUCGCAGCAAAGCGUGACGACAAGGAUAUUUGUAAUAAGUUGCUAGUGGCGUGCCAGUACCAGAACCUACGCUUCCACCAAGAUAUGUCAGGUAAAGGGAUAUUGCACCAUGCUGCCAUGAACGACUGGGACGACGUGAUAGAGACGUGUGUGCGUCGCGGUGGCCGGACAAUUGAUAUUGACCAGAUCGACCACUCGGGUCGCAGCGCUUUACACUAUGCUUCAAGCCUAGGCAAUAUUGCAAGUUGCCAGGCUCUCAUCAACGGUGGUGCAAGUCUCACCCUUCAAGAUCGUCUUGGCAGAACGGCAGCUCAAGCCACCGCCGACGCUGGCUUCAAAGAUGCACUCCUGCUGCUUCUAAAGAGCGGUCGAGUAGACCCUAAUCAGAAAGACAGUGAAAGGCGUAACUUGGUUCACUGGGCAGCUACAAUAGACUGUGUCGACGUCAUGGAGCUCAUCUCGCGGAUGCCGGCUGUCAAGUUGGACCAAAAAGACUGUCAUGGCAAAACACCAAUUGACAUCGCCUUUAUCUGCCAGUGCAAGUAUGUUGGCUUGUUUCUCGCUAGCAAGGUACCACAUCUCAACAUAUACUCAUGGGAUCUGAUAUACCGCGCUCCGAUUCUGAGUAGGGAGUCCAUAUAUCGUACAGAAGAACUCUAUACCACUUUCGAAAAUGAUCUAUUGAUGAGGAACGCGCAGCGACAACAAGCCGCACAUGAAGAGCACAAAGAAUUGCAAAAGCAGUACCCCCCGGAGCUCUGGGCCCUGAGGACGAUGGAGAUUUGA